AUGGCGGCGAAGCCCGAGAACAAGCCCGAGCUCGAGUUGACGCUCGACGUGUGCAUCAGCACGCCGCUUUCGCUCGACCUCGCGGCCUUCUCCCUCUGGCUCGAGGGCUGGUCCGUCGCCGAGGCGGCUCGCGAGCUUCUCUCCUCAUACCACGAGCCGGAGCGCGACGAGGGCGCGGCGGGCAAGGCUGGGUUCGCCGCGGCCGCCGCGCUCUCCCUGCGGCCUGGCGAGGCGCGCGAGAUGCUCGCCGGCCUCGUCCUCUCCGAGACGGCGGAGCAGUACCGCCUCUUUGCGAUGCUCAAGCCCUGCCUCGACGAGCCCGCCACGCUCGCGACGCAGCGGCGCUGGCAGCUGAUGCCGAUGGAGCGGCGCGCGCUGGUCGACGCGUACUUCACGUUCGACGAGCGUGUGCUGCGUGAGCUGGUGGGCAGGAAGCCCACCUCCAAGCUGCGCCGCCAGCUCGAGGCGCAGGCGGACCGUCUCAACGUCUCGCCGCACUCGUGCCGCCGCCAGUUCGACAACCUGCAGCGCCUCUACGACUACGACUGGAACGCCUCUACCCCACCCCCAGGCGACUGGGAGCCGCCUUCCUGCGGCGGCGGCGGCGGCGGCGGCGGCGGCGGAGGCGGCGGCGGCGGCGGCGGCGGCGGCGGAGGCAGCA